AUGCCAAAUCUAUAAUCUUUGAGCAACGCCUUCAAAAAGUUUAAUGUGUACACGAGACCUGUGAGUUUAUUACUGUUGAAGGAGUAAGGACAUAGAACAUUUUUGGGUGUUUUUCUCACCACUGUUCUUGUUAGUCUUGUGAUUCUGGUUUACUAUAGUGGACUGGUUUCACUCAUAGUUCGAAAUAACCCUAGUGUCAUAACCUAUACCCAAUAUUAGGAGCAUCAAAAUGCAUUUUAUUUGACUCCUAAAAAUUUCAGCAUCGCCAUCGCUUAGAAGGGAUACGAUCUCCUGGAUUCCUACAUUCUGGAGGGAGCACUUGGAGGCGUGGAUAGUGAGAUCUUUCAGGAAAUCCCUCUGACCAAAUGUACCGAUUUCUAAUUUAGUGAUCCUUCUUUGAAUGCUUACUUCGAUAAGUCGGAUCAAAUCUGGUAUUGUUUAGACUGGAGUUCCAUUCGUCAAAUUGUGAUCGAGGGAGGUUUGGAAUCCUCCAAAGACUAAUCAUUGUAAAUCAUAGUUAAACAAUGCACUACAAUUACCUAAUGUACAUAUCCAAAUAUAUUAGAUAGUGAUUAAUUCAUAUUUAAAAUGACAUCAGCCAACACAGACAUAUCUAAUUUCAAAACACCUGCAUCUCUCAUUGGCAAAACCUUCAGUCUUACAUCUCUGACCAACUUUGCCAAAAAACUCAAUAUCAUUCUUUAACCACAACAAACACAAACUGAUAAUGGAUACAUCAUUCAAGACUAGUAUUAGGAAACAAUUCUUUCUAUUUCCAACUAUUACGAAACUAUCCUGGAUAAAGAUUCUGAUAAACAUAUCUUUGAAAUCAACAUUUCACUGGAUCAAAAAACCUUGGUUACUUAACGAUCCUACCCAAGAGUCUAUCAAUUCUUGGGAGAUAUUGGAGGUUUCUGGGAAAUCAUCUUUCUUUGUUCCCUCUUGUUCAUUAUGCCUUUCAAUAAUUUGUCAUAUAGAGUGGCUUUAUUAAAUGAACUAUUCAAUUUUGAAUUAGAUUACGACAAUAAAAUACAUCCUGAAAAUAGGGGCAGUACAAAAGUUAAGGAAAUCUUAUCUAAAUCUGUUUAACUUGAAAAGUUCAAUAGGAUGUCCAAAGUGGCAGAUCAUGAUGAAUAAUAAAAAUCUAAAUUACUAGAUUAAAUCUCUAACGAUAUUACCCAAUUUUUCUAGGAAUAGGAAAGCAAACUAGAUCUAAAAUUUUUUGAUUAUUUUGGAUGUUGCCAAUGUAAAAAGGGAGGAAAAAGAGACCUCAUUAAUUUCUCCAUGGGCAAAAUCACCCACACUCUGGAUAUUACUUACAUCAUUAAAAAACUACAAGAAAUCGAUAAAUUAAAGCUGAUUUUAUUGAAUUCCGAUUAAAUCAAACUUUUUGAUUAUUUGCCUAAACCUAAAUUAGGGUUGCAUAUGAAACCAAGUGAAAAUGAAUAUUGCUCCAUCCUAAAGCCAGAACUAUCUGAUCUAGACAAGGCAUUAGAAGCUUAGAAAGCCUUCCAAGCCCUACAAGAUCACCAAGAUGACAUCACACCUAAAUUGGUAAAACUCUUAGAUGACGAUCUUGUGUCCCUAUUCAAAUUAUAACUAAAUAAAGGUGUAAAUCGGUUCGUUAAAAAACCAGCUUAAUUGGCUGAUGCAGUUUAGUAAUUAAUGCUCAUGAAUGCUAAGGAAAAGGAAAAACAGAACGAGAAAAAAAAGGACAAAAAAUAAAAAAAGAAGAAACAAGAUGAAUCUAGCGAUUCCCAAAAUUCUGCAUCAUCUGGCUCUGAAAAGGAAUGA